GUUCCUGCUAUUCAGCAGAAAAGAACUGUAGCAUUUCUAAACCAGUUUGUGGUUCACACAGUGCAGUUUCUAAACCGUUUUUCUACUGUUUGUGAAGAGAAAUUGUCAGCACUCUCUCUCCGUAUCCAACAAAUUGAAACUACACUCAAUAUUUUGGAUGCAAAGUUAUCCUCUAUUCCUGGCCUAGAAGACGUCAAUUUUGAAGUGUCCAGUGCAAAUGUGAAUAGUGUUACAAAUGGUCCUGUGGCACAAGCUACUACAGAUCGAGAGACAGCUGUAUCACCUCAAUCUGGCCAGAACAAUAUACAUGAAGAAGGGUUACAGAAGACAGAGGUAGUAACAGAAAAUGUCGUAACUGUGGCCAAGGAUCCAAGAUAUGCCAGAUAUCUCAAAAUGGUACAAGUG